AUGGCUGAGGUCCUCUGUUUCUUGACCAUAGUCUUCUUAGAGUUGCAGCUGGCCAUAGCGGGCAUGGAUUCCUGCUACAAUGCUCAGGGGCUUGCUCAGCGUUGCAUGCCCAUCUUUGAGAAUGCAGCAUUUGGGAAGCAAGUACAGGUGUCAAAUACGUGCGGCACCCCACCAGAGGAUUACUGUCUCCAGAUGGGCACCAGGGACUCCAGCACGCCAUGCCAUCGCUGUGAUGCCGGUGAGGCUUUGCUGCACCACAACGCCACCCAUCUGACGGACUUCCACAGCCAGGAGGAAUCCACCUGGUGGCAGAGCCAGUCCAUGGCCUUUGGGAUCCAGCACCCCAACUCGGUCAACAUCACUCUCCAUCUGGGAAAGUCCUAUGAAAUCACCUACGUAAGGCUAAAGUUCCACACCAGUCGCCCAGAAAGCUUUGCCAUAUACAAGAGGAGUCAUUCCGAGGGACCCUGGAUUCCAUACCAGUAUUAUAGUGCCUCUUGCAAUAAGACCUAUGGGAAACCAGAACGCCACUUCUUGCGGCCAGGAGAAGAUGAGCAAGUGGCCUUCUGCACUGCGGAAUUUAGUGACAUCUCCCCACUGAAUGGGGGCAAUGUGGCCUUCUCCACCUUGGAAGGACGGCCAAGUGCUUACAGUUUUGACAAGAGCCCUGUUCUUCAGGAAUGGGUGACGGGCACAGACCUGCUAAUCUCUCUGAAUCGGCUCAAUACCUUUGGAGACGACAUCUUCAAGGACCCCAAAGUGCUACAGUCCUACUAUUAUGCCAUCUCAGAUUUUUCAGUAGGGGGCAGGUGCAAGUGUAAUGGCCAUGCUAACACAUGUAUCCCAAAUGAAGAAGAUGAGCUCAUUUGUCUCUGCCAGCACAACACCACUGGGGUGGACUGUGACUCAUGCCAGCCCUUCUACCAGGACCGCCCAUGGGCACGGGGCACAGCCGAAUCUGCCAAUGAGUGUCUCCCCUGCAACUGUAGUGGCAGGUCGAGUGAGUGCUUCUACGACUGGGAGUUGUACCGGCGCACUGGACAUGGUGGCCAUUGCCAGAAUUGCCAGGAUAACACCGAUGGGCCGCACUGUGAACGCUGCCGCCAGAACUUCUACCGCUGGGAUGCCCGGAUGGCAUGUCAGCCCUGCAACUGUAACCCAACAGGCUCCUUAAGUCCUCAGUGUGACAGCUCAGGGGCAUGCGAGUGCAAAGCCACAGUGACUGGCUGGAAAUGUGAACGUUGCCAAGAGGGAUUUCACUCCCUCAGCGAAGGCGGAUGCAGACCUUGUGCCUGUGAUACAGCUGGAAGUGUGGGGGUGUGUGACCCUAACACGGGGCAUUGCACCUGCAAGGAGAAAGUAGAAGGAUACCUGUGCAACAGAUGCCAGCCUGGGACCUUCAACCUGCAGCCCCACGACCCUGCUGGGUGCACUGGCUGCUUCUGUUUUGGACACUCUGUGGCAUGCACAGUAGCUUCUGGGUACGAAAUGUACAACAUCAUCUCUGACUUCAGCCAAGGACUGGAGGGCUGGAGAAUGGAAACUCCUGAGGGUCUACGGGUUCCACUGAGCUGGACAGAAGGAGAGACCUUCCUGGAGCAAGGCCAGUGGGCAGCGGCUGAUUUCUUGGCACCAGAGAAAUUCCUGCAUGACCAGCGCCUCAGCUACGGGCAACUCCUCUCGGUGCUAUUUCGCACACAUGACAGCACCCCUGCAACCCAGCAGCCCAUCUGGCUGGUUUUAGAGGGGGAGGGCAUUAUGGUGUCAGCAAGGUACUCCAACAUGGAUGGGCAGGUGAACAACACGCACCAUGAAGAACAGACAGUGACGUUCAGACUUCAUGAGACUGAGAAAGAGAUGCAACCUACGCUGUCGGCUUUCCAGUUCCAGCGCUUGCUCUCCAACCUGACGGCGCUUCGCAUCCGAACUGAAAGCAGCGGCAGACAGGGCAGGCUUUCCUUGAAGGAAGUUCGACUCACAUCUGCUCGCCCAGGUCUCUCCCAGCCUGCACUGUGGGUGGAAGAAUGUAUCUGCCCACAUGGGUAUAUGGGUCAGUUCUGUGAGUCUUGCGCUCCAAACUUCAAGCGGGAAAUACCCUUUGCCGGUCCAUUUACCAGCUGCAUCCCCUGUUCCUGUAACGAGCAUGGCAGUUGCGAUCCUAACACAGGAUUGUGCCAAUGCCUACACAACACGGAGGGGCCUUCCUGUGAGCGUUGCGCCCCUGGUUUCCAUGGCGAUCCCUUCUUAGGCCGCUCUGAUGACUGCAAGCCUUGCCCUUGUCCCGGUCAAACGCCUUGCACGGCCCUCCCAGAGAGCGGAGAGGUGGUCUGUACGCAAUGCCCGCCAGGACAAAGAGGGAGACUUUGUGAGCUGUGUGAUGAUGGCUUUUUUGGAGACCCCCUGGGAAGGAAUGGCCCAAUCCGCCCCUGCGUUCCCUGCACUUGCAAUGACAACGUGGACCCCAAUGCUGUCGGCAACUGUGACCCUGUCUCAGGCCAGUGUCUACGCUGCCUGUACAACACAGCAGGGGAGCAGUGUGAGAGGUGCCAAGAGGGCUUCUAUGGGGAUCCGCUAGCCAACAGCCCCGCCAGGAAGUGUGCUGCCUGCAGCUGUAACCAUGAAGGCUCCAUCCAUAGUCCAGAGGCUUGCCACAAUGUCACUGGCCAGUGCCCCUGCCUCCCACAUGUGACUGGGAAGGACUGCAGCCAGUGUCAAGAGGGUUAUUAUGCCCUGCAGGCGGGAAUUGGCUGCAAGAGUUGCAAUUGCCACCCAGCAGGGUCCCAGCACAGCCACUGCCACCCGCUUACGGGGCAAUGUGUCUGCCGAUCAGGUGUGGAAGGGCUGUCAUGUGAUCGAUGCCAGACUGGAUUCUUUGGUUUCUCCUUCCAAGGAUGCCGAGCCUGCAACUGCUCCCGUUUAGGUUCUGUCUCGCUCCAGUGCCAUGAGAACAGCACGUGCCUGUGCAAGAGGGGCUUUGUGGGCUACAAGUGUGACCAGUGUGAAGAGAACUACUUCUUUGAUCCUGAGACCUCUCAGUGCAAAGAGUGCCCAAUCUGCUACGGUCUUGUGAAGGAGGAGGCAGACAAGCUGACGGAUCAGCUGGUUACAAUGGAGUCAUGGCUACAGAAACCGGAUUGUGGCAGGCACAAGACCCGUUACGGGAUGCUGAGGGAGGCACCACGAGGAGACAGCAUCCACAGCCGCUACUUGAGGGAAGGUGCCAAGGCGACGUUCCUAGAAGAGGCCGAGGAGCUGGCAAGCUCCAUCUCUCGUGCACGGAGCCGACUGAAGAAUAUCAGGGGCGUGAUGGGCUGCAACAGCAGUGUGGCCACCAAGUCCUGCAUCCUCCUCUCCGACAUCCUUUCUGCCCUGCAGUCCACGCAGCAAGAAAUCCAGCUGGCCACUGAAAUGCUGGCAGCACAGGAGUUUCCUUCUGAGAUUUCUCAUCAGCCCACAAACUGGAGUCACCAGGCCCUGACAUCUAAGCUGUUGGCCAGAGGCCAUGGGGAGGCAGCAGCUUUGGUUGAGGGUAUUGCAAGGAAGGCUCUAGAGACGACCAAUGCCAGUUAUCUUCUUCUGCAGAGCAUCUUGAUGGACAACGCAACACUAGAAUUCAGGAGGCAGAUGGAAGCAAGAUACCUGGGAAUCCUAAAAGCACAGCAAGAACUUAGCUCUGAGAUGGAAGAGGCUACAGCCAAGAAGACCUUUGCUUCAAUCCAGCAAAUCAACUUGGAAAUGUCAAAGAACCUCUCAUGGAUCACCACUUUAGAGCUGGAUCCGGUGGUUGAAGAGGCUGAAGCGCUCUGGCAUUUGAUCCUACAGCGCCCCCUGCUGCAGCGAGCGGAAAAUCUCCUUCAGGAUGCAAAAGAAGUGGAACGCUUGGCAGAGUCAAAGGCGCAGCUGGUGGUGAACGGAUCCCUUGCUGCACAGGCUGGCCUGGAGAAGGAGCUACAGAGGAUGCAGCAGGUGGAACAGCUAUGGCAAAGAGCAAACGCCGCGCACCUGUGGGCAGCCUCAUCGCUCUCAAAUGGAGAGGCCGUGGUCUCCGAAGCCAAGAACUUGCUGUCCAGCCUGGAUGGGAUGAAGAGGCACAAGGGCGGCCAGUCCCUGAUGAAGAGGAGAGUGACUGUUGUUCGGGAGAGAGUGAUAGCCGAUGCCCAGAAGAAGGCCAGGCAAGCGAAGAGGGUGCUGGGAGAUUCUGCCUCUGUCUCUGCUAAGGCCCAGAAAACUGCCAAAGAAGUGGAGUCACUCACCGAGGAAGAUGCGAAGAAAGUCCAGGCCGUGUUCAGAGACGCAAAGGCAGAGAACAAGCGGUCCAGUCAACUUACGACCCGUGUUGAUCUGACCAUGGCGGAGAUCGUCAGACAAGAGGAAGUGUCUGAAGCGCUUGGCAGAAAGCAAGAGGGGCCUGGCCAGGUGGGAAUGGAGACGAAAGAUCUUGACAAGAGCCUCAGAGACGCCCAGCGCUCCUUGGAGAGGGACAUCGAAGCCCUGAACAACCUGCUCCUCAGUCUAGGCAACCUGGAUCGCACCAGCCAGACCGAAGCAGCACUGAACGCCAGCCAGUUCCAGCUAGAGCGUUUGCAGCUGCACCUGGCUGAGCCCAGAGCCCUGGGGCAGAAGCUGAGCGCCUUGCAGCAGGAGGCUGAGCAGCAGCAGCAGCGGAUCGAGGCCUUUGAGAAGGACCUGGAGGAGAUCCGAAGUGACAAAGAGAACCUAGAGACCAUCCUCCACAGCUUGCCUGAGCAAUGCUCGAGCUGGCAGUGA